AUGUUUUGGCAAGUUCUUCUCGUGAUCGCUGUACCGCUUGUGCUGUGGUGGAGAUUUUCAAGGAAACGAACAGUCAUAUUGCAUGGAAAGGUCCAUCCGAGCUUCGAACAUGUUCGCGAGAAAUUCAGCGCUAUGAUACAACAAGACAACGAAGGCGCUGCGCUGGCAGUCCUCCACCGAGGAAAAGUUGUUGUUCAUUUGUUCGGAGGUUAUGCUAACAGGUAUCAG